CAAUCUUAUGAGACUUUGUACCCUACGGCCACGCGGCACCCGUACACAAACAUACACCUUUUGAGGACGUCAUAUAUUUUCCCACAGCUGCGCGUUCCUGUUUUAAAUCUGUAUGUUCACACCACUGCCGAGCCGGAGCACAUCCCCAGUCUAGCCGACACUGAGAGCUUGCUGCCGGGCGCCGGUGUAGUCCACCGAGCGGUGCCAGGAUGCGGCGCCACAAGUUUUGGGGACCAUGGUCUGUUGGAUUUUAUAUUUGGGCGACCUUGCUUUUCAGAGGAUCCCUGCAGGGGGAAUACCAGAGGAGGCUGUACAAGGAGCUGCUGGCUAACUACAAUCGGCUAGAGAGACCUGUGGUGAAUGACUCGGCUGCUAUCCUGGUGGAGCUGGGCCUCACACUGCUGCAGAUCAUAGACGUGGAUGAGAAGAACCAGGUGCUGAUGACCAACGCCUGGCUGCAGCUGCACUGGACAGACAUCUAUCUGAGCUGGAAUCCAGAAAGCUACCCCGGUGUCCAGAACCUGAGAUUCCCUUCAGACCAGAUCUGGACCCCUGACAUCCUCCUUUACAACAGCGCGGAUGAGAGGUUUGAUGCCACUUUCCACACCAACGUACUGGUCAACGCAUCAGGUCACUGCCAGUACAUCCCUCCUGGCAUCUUGAAGAGCACUUGCUACAUUGAUGUACGUUGGUUUCCCUUCGAUGUUCAGAAAUGUGACUUGAAGUUUGGUUCCUGGACGCACAAUGGCUGGCUGCUGGACCUCCAGAUGUUGGACGUGGACACAUCUACAUACAUACCCAAUGGGGAGUGGGACCUUGUAGGCGUGCCAGCCAAGCGUAAUGAGCUGUACUACGAGUGCUGUAAAGAGCCUUAUCCUGAUGUGACGUUUACAGUCACCAUGCGCCGCAGGACUCUAUAUUAUGGCCUCAAUCUGCUCAUCCCCUGUGUGCUGAUCUCUGGCUUGGCCCUGCUGGUCUUCCUGUUACCUGCAGACUCGGGGGAAAAGAUUUCUCUGGGCAUCACUGUGCUGCUUUCACUAACUGUCUUCAUGCUUCUGGUAGCUGAGAUCAUGCCUGCCACGUCUGACUCCGUUCCUCUCAUCGCCCAGUACUUUGCCAGCACCAUGAUGAUUGUGGGAAUGUCUGUGGUGGUGACAGUUAUAGUGCUGCAGUUUCACCAUCAUGACCCUCAAGGAGGCAAGAUGCCCAAGUGGGUUCGGGUGGUGCUGUUGAACUGGUGUGCCUGGUUUCUCCGUAUGAAACAACCUGGAGAAGAGCGAAAGCGACCUGGUUACAAGUACUAUCACACCUCCCAGCACCACUCUAGUACCAGCUCUAUAGAGAUGAGCACAGUACCAACCCUCUCUGUGCCCCUCUCACAGACAUCCUGCCCACCUUAUUCCACUGGCACCUCCAACGGCUCCAUGAGCCUCUAUUUCAGCAAUUAUCACUCCCUAGAGAGCCCACACUGCCCGGCUUCUAGCGACUCCGGGAUAGCGUUAGGGGGAUGUGCCCAUAGUUCCCUUAGUGAUGAGGCUGAGCCACCUGGAGGAGUUGCAAGUAGUGUUGGAGGUCUGGGCAUAGGAACUGGACCAGGGAUGGGAGUUAACAUCCCACCACCAGAGAUACAGCGCAUCCUGGAGGAGGUGUUAUAUAUAGCCCAAAGGUUCAGGGACCAGGAUGAGGCUGAGGCCAUCUGCAGUGAGUGGAAAUUUGCAGCAGCAGUGGUUGAUCGGCUGUGCCUGGUGGCCUUCUCUCUCUUCUCCAUCAUUUGUACCUUCACCAUCCUCAUGUCGGCACCCAACUUCAUAGAGGCUGUUUCCAAGGACUUCACAUAGCUGUGGUAGCAGCAGAAGAGAUGUGAAGGAGGGUGAAGGAGCAAAAGUCAUUAGAGAUAAAGU